CACAUCUUCGGCACAAACUUCACCUGGGCCAGCUCCGCCAGCCCCAAAGACACUCGUUUUUUUCUUUUUCUUGUUUUUUAUCCCAUCCAAUCUGCAGUCAUGGCAAACUGCAGGACGUCCUCUCGUUUUCUCAUAGUACGAUCAUUACUUACCAUUCUUUUGUUGCACCUUACCACUCCCGUCCUAGGUCGUCCUCGUCACCAUGGACACCACCACCAUCGACACCCAGAGAGGUCGAUCGACCCUGCCACUACCUGUCGUAAUGAGGCUUAUCAUCCCUUUGACUACUCUGUCAAGCCCCGACAGGAUCCCAAUGCCCCAUUGUGCCCCGUCCAACCCGAUGCACUGGCAGUGGUUGAGACCCGCGACCUGCUCAUGGGCCGGCAGGUGACCCAAGAGCAGGACUAUUCUUGUGGCCCAGAUAGGCCAUGUCGCAAUGAGGCUUGCUGUCCCAAGGAGACGGGGUGGUGCAACUACGGCCCCGAUGCAUGCGGCACCAAUGGACAGUCGCCCAAUGACGUCUGCUGGAGCAACUGCGACGCCAAGGCAGAAUGCGGGCGAUAUGCUGACCCGCCGGGCAAGGAGUGCCCCCUGAACGUCUGCUGCUCGCCAUAUGGCUUUUGCGGCAUGACCGCAGACUUUUGCAAAGUCACCAACGACGAAAAGACGUCGUGCCAGAGCAACUGCAAGCAGCCAGGUUCUGGUGCUUCGAAAGGCAACGUCCGAAAGAGAGUCAUAGGUUACUAUGAAGCAUGGGUGCAUGACCGAAAAUGCAACGGCAUGGCUAUCGAGAAUAUUCCCGUCGGAGCACUCACCCAUCUGAUAUUUUCCUUUGCCUACAUCACUCCUGUCGACUUCCAGGUUGUGCCGAUGGAGGACCUAGACCCUUCCCUCUUCUCCAAGAUAACAGCUAUGAAGAAGAAGAACAAGGCUCUCAAGGUCAUGAUUGCUCUCGGAGGUUGGACUUUUAACGACCCGGGCCCAACCCAGACCGUGUUCCACGACGUGGUCAGUUCGAAAGCAAAUCGAUCCAAGUUCAUUGGGAACCUCAUGAGCUUUAUGAGGCAAUACGCCUUUGACGGCGUUGACUUCGAUUGGGAGUACCCGGGAGCCGAAGACCGUGGCGGCUCGGACAAGGAUGGUGAGAACUUCACUCUUCUCCUCGAGGAGCUGCGAGACGCCAUCAAGAAACAGCCGCUUGAGUACGUUGUCUCGUUCACCACUCCAACCAGUUUCUGGUAUCUCCGCCACUUCGACAUCAAAGGCAGCACAAAAGCUGUCGAUUUCGUCAACAUCAUGAGCUACGACCUCCACGGCGUGUGGGAUGCAUGGAACCCAAUUGGGUCCAACGUGCUUGCCCACACGAACAUUACCGAGAUCAAACUGGCCCUGGAUCUGUAUUGGCGGAAUGAUAUCCCACCCGAGAAGCUCAAUCUCGGAUUCGGCUUUUACGGACGCUCUUUCACCCUGACCGACCCGACUUGCUACAAGCCCGGCUGUCCGUUCUCUGGCGGUGCCGAUCCUGGCCCGUGCACCAAGAACUCUGGUACCCUGGCUUACAGAGAGAUUGUCGACAUCAUCGAGGAGCACGACCUUAAGCCAUACUACGACAAAGAACACCAAGUCAAGUACAUUGUGUGGAACCAAAACCAGUGGAUUAGCUAUGACGAUGAAGAAACCAUCCAGGCCAAGAUUGAGUUUGCUAAUAAGCUUGGCCUCGGCGGACUGCUCAUAUGGUCGGUGGAUCAAGACACAGACGACCUCAGUGCUCUAUCAGCCAUUGUUGGGCCCAAGACCAUAGCCUUGGCGAUGCGCAGCUACCAGGCCGAUGACGCAUCCUACUGGCAGGAUAUGGGUGCCCAGGGAUGCUAUGUCACUGACUGCGGCGGAUCGUGCAAAGUUGGCUUCAAAAAGAUCACUACCCAGCCUUGCGGCGGUGCUACCAUCGUCACAAGACACUCGAAGGAGGAAGACAGCACGCUUUGCUGUCCCCUCUCUGCGGCCCCCGACCCGGAUGAUUGUCAAUGGAGGAGUUCAGCCCCCGAAUGCGUCGGCCGGUGCGAACCGGGAGAAGUCGGCCUGCAGUUAAACAAGUGGGGUGACGGCGCGUACUGCGAGAACGGGAACAAGAUGUAUUGCUGCAAGGUAGCGGCCGAGCGCGAGAACAAGUGCUACUUUGCGAGCAACGGCAAGGAGUGCAAGAGUGGUGAGGAGCCCCUGACAUGGUCGGGUUACCUUACCAAGGAUGAAAAGAAGCUCGAGAAUCUGUACAGUCUCAAGGGCGCCUCACUUCGGUCAGCACUGCAUGACUACGACCUCGGCCACGUCUCCCUGUACUGCUGUCCGCCGGAAGACUUGAAGCGAUGGGACGGCUGCGAAUGGAAGGGCUCGCCCGACCAGGGCAACUGCUACGACGGCCACUGCGACCUGAAUUCUCAGAUUGCCGUGACAUGGGCCGGCUCUGGUGGUGGCAGGUCUUGCGGAGGCCUCGACCCUGGCCGCCUGCGAGUCUUCUGCUGCCCCCCGCCCUCCGGCGAGGCCUUCUUCCUUCCGGUUCCUCUAGAAAACUUGUUCAAAAACCCGCCGACCGGCGACGAUGUCAAGACCAAGUUCGAUCUCAACAUCGACAACACUUGGGGAGACGGCGUGGAAGACAACGACUCGGACGACGACCCGAAUGCGGCUGCGUUCCAGUUCCAUGUCUUGGCCAGCUCGGACAAGAUACAAACAUCGCUCGACAAGCGCGACGGGUCACACUGGGAGCUAUACAACUGCAACGACGCCGUCAGCGAGCAAGAGCAGACGGUGCAGAUGGUGUGCACCGACCACUCGGAUAAGAGCAACUGCGGCGACAUUUACAAAGGCCACGGUGCUCCCGGGACAAUCCUCGAGAUGCCCCGGGGGCAGGGAUGCGGCCCCGGUAAGUACGCCGUCGCAAAGAGUCUCGAACUCUCCAGAAACCAGUCUCUCCCUCGGCACUUGGCCAAGAGAAACCUCGGCGAGAGGGCAGUCGUCUAUGAUCUCACGUUCGACUACGACUUCACCCGGGUGCCGCGGGACUUUGGUCCGACGCAUAUGCGAAUCGACUUUUCAAACCAGGAGGGAUACUGGGACAGGAUCGUCGCCGCGCCAUCGUCCAAGAAGCUCAAGCGCUCUCUGUCCGACGUCAAGGGUAACCACCGUCGCUGGCUUGAAGAAGAAUGGCGAGAUGAUUACCACUUUGGCGCGGUUGAUCGAGAGGAGCUGCGGAAGCGUUGGUUUGGCGAAGGUGUCGUUGACUGGCUGAGGGAACUGCUCAAUAUCAACAUCAAGGUCGAGAAGAGGCAUGACUAUGAGGAGGAAGUGUCGGCCAUCAUUCUGCAGGAAGACUGGACAUGCGGGGCUUUCAAGGCCAAACUCGAUGCCGUGGUGACAGCGGGAAUCCAAAUGUCGACGUCGUUUGGAUUCACCAUCAUCACAACUCUGGGGUCUAACAUGGAUCUGAGCCAGUCUUUUCUCCAUUUCAAUAACGAGGGAAGUGUCGAAGCCAUCUUCACCAUCGACGCAUCAAUGAGGAUGGACUGGGACUCGGGCGUUUUCACCAUCGUGCCGCUGCCCAUUCCGGGAGGCACCUUUAAUAUUCCCGGAAUCGUCAAGCUUGGUCCCCGUUUCGACCUGAACGCGCGAUUCAAAGCCGGCAUCUCCAUCGAGGGCCGUAUCGAAGCCAAGGCCCAGCUUGCCAACUGGGAGAUUAGGCAGACAUACCCGCAGCAAGCCUCAUUUGAGCCCAAGGAGGUUGACAACCCGAACCGCCAGUUCCCCAAGGAUGGACUCGCGGCGCCCAGCUUCGAUGCCUCAGUGACUGCGGAGGGAUAUGCCGAGGCACACAUCCUUCCCACCCUGGCGUUUGGCAUCAAGUUCAACGACCAAUGGGGCAUCGAGGAUGCUGAAGUCGAGCUCCACGGCGAUCUCUACGGCAGGGUCAGGGCCAAGUCGGACAUUGUAGGCGGCGAUUGCCUGUUUGGCUACAAGGUCGAGGCGGGAGUGAAGCUCGUGGCCGACGCCCAUGUGCCGAGCGUGUUUCAAUGGCACCCAUCCCCAUAUACCUUUGGCGAGCUAAACAAACGCAUCAUCCCCGAGGACUCUAGCAAGGAAUGGCAAUGCAUCACGCAACAAAACGCCAAGAGACAAGAUGACUCUCUCCUCGGCUACAACUCUUCGUCUAGGGCUCACUCAUUGAUUGGCACGGGCCUGCGCAAGCGUCUGGUUCCCUACGGGCCCGUCAUCACCCUACCAAAGGCCGAGAAGCUGUGCCCAAACAAGGGCCUCCAGGACCCCGGGGAGUGCUCGGAAAUUGUGGCCGUUGACUCAUUCUACGAUGCCGAGAGCUCCGACUUUGCCUACGUCCAGCCGGAGAGUGCCCCCCUGGCAAGGAGGGAGGAGAUAAUUGCCACUGACCCAGCUAACGACACGAGCCUCGUUGGGCGUGGUGUGCUGGAGGCCCGCGCGAAGGGCAAGGAUGUAACCAUAUGCUCGGGUUCAAGGUCAUUCGGCUUCCACAUCAAAAAAUGGGAAACCCAGGCGGCAUAUCCCAUCUGGGACAAUGGCAACUGGGGUGACUGCAACGAUUACUCGUUUGGCAUCCAACCAGCCAAACAAUCGGUUAGAAGACCGCCACGCCCGGGAAAGGCCCAAUCAAACGAGAGAUAUGUCGUGGAACACAUACUGGAGGCAAACUUGCUGGCCGAGUUCCUCAAAGAAAGCGCGUAUAGCGACGUUUGCAACGACAUGGCCGAGGCAGGUUCGGGUUGGUACGACAACGGUGCCAUGUCGCCGGUCGUGCCAAACGCGGUAAGCCGAUCGCCAUGGCAGUAUAUCGCCGACGGAUACCCUUACUCUGCCAAGCAAGAGACUGGGGCGACGGGGGGGAGGGUGGCCUACCCAGCCAACCACGAGGACGAGUUCGUGUUUGUCUUGGAGUCGGUCAACAUCGCCAAGGAGUACGCAUUCAUGAACCUGCACGCCCUCCCCGGGACCAGCGAUAUGGACGGAGCCGUGGCAUCCGAAAACACCGUCGACACCGCCAUCCGGAGCAUGAAGAUCAUGCUCAUGACAUACAAGUACCUCAACUCGGCCCAGAUCCAGUCCACGAUCGUGGCGCAGGCGACGCGUGUCGGAAACCGGAUGGACGAGGCCGAGGACUUCCUGCGCAGCCAAACCAGGUACACGUCCCAGAUCCAGGGGCUGAAACAGCUCUGGAUGGGCUUCGUCAAGGGCCGCACCGAUCUUGCCGCCAUGAAACUGAGGACCUUCCUAACCAUGUGGAUGCCCCGAAUUGAGAAGGUUCUCGAUGGAACUGACCCGACCCUAGACGCGCAAACUCCGUUCCGGGCGACUAGAAGAGCUAAGAUUCAGGCACUGAGGGCGGCGGUUGAUGACAUGGGCGCGUGGGUGAGUCCAUUCAGAUUCGUUUUUUAAUUAGUUAGUAAGGUGGCUGGUAGAACUGUCGGCUGCCUAUGUAAUGUAGCUAUCCAGAUAACGCAUAUUGUAG